CAGCACGCGCCACGUGCGUGGCCGAGGCCCGCUGCACACGAGGCGGGCGGCUGGGGGGCAGGGGGGCCGGUGCCGUUGAGGGUUCCCGCCACGGCUGCUGGCGGGGAGGGGUUCGCCCGGCAAAAUUUCGCGCUGGCUAGCCUUCUUUUCCCUCCCGCACUUUGGUGGGGAGGGGGUGGAUCCUCGAAUCGGCGCCCCGGUUCACGAUGACCUGAGAGAUCCCGAGGACGCAGUGGCGGCGGCCUUUUCCCCCAGCGCCUCCACCUGCUGGCCUCGGAGGGGACGGAGCACGGAGGCCGCCGGGACUGCGACGCAAACAUCAAAUCAGACGCAAACAGAUUCAUUGUCUCCAUCCCCUAAUCCUGUGUCACCUGUGCCUUUGAAUAACCCAACAAGUGCCCCAAGAUAUGGAACUGUGAUCCCUAAUCGCAUCUUUGUAGGAGGAAUUGACUUUAAGACGAAUGAAAAUGACUUGAGAAAAUUUUUUUCCCAAUAUGGGUCUGUAAAAGAAGUGAAGAUUGUAAAUGACAGAGCUGGAGUGUCCAAAGGGUAUGGUUUUGUCACUUUUGAAACCCAAGAAGAUGCACAAAAAAUUUUACAAGAGGCUGAGAAACUUAAUUAUAAGGAUAAGAAAUUGAACAUUGGUCCAGCAAUAAGAAAACAACAAGUAGGGAUUCCUCGUUCUAGUAUAAUGCCAGCUGCUGGAACCAUGUAUUUAACAACUUCAACUGGAUAUCCUUACACUUACCACAAUGGUGUUGCUUAUUUUCAUACUCCAGAGGUAACUUCUGUUCCACCACCUUGGCCUUCACGUUCCAUAUCUAGUUCUCCUGUGAUGGUAGCUCAGCCUGUUUAUCAACAACCUGCAUAUCACUACCAGGCCCCAGCACAGUGUCUACCAGGACAAUGGCAGUGGGGUGUUCCUCAGUCUCCUGCCUCGUCUACUCCAUUCUUAUACCUGCAACCUUCUGAAGUCAUUUAUCAGCCAGUGGAAAUUGCACAAGAUGGUGGAUGUGUUCCUCCUCCACUGUCUCUGAUGGAAGCUUCAGUUCCAGAGCCUUAUUCUGAUCAUGGAGUCCAAGCAACCUAUCACCAGGUUUAUGCACCAAGUGCCAUUGCUAUGCCUGCACCUGUGAUGCAACCUGAGCCAAUUAAAACAGUGUGGAGCAUUCAUUAUUAAGACAAUUGGGCAGCUCUAGUCCAGCUCAACUGAUUUCUUGUCCAAUGAUCCUUGUGUGACCAAGAUCCAGCUUCAAGGAACCGGCUAGAAGCUGCCCGUUGUGAAACUUAGGGUUAGUUAAUACCUCACCAUUUAUUUAUUCCACUAUAAGCUGUCUAAAUUUAGCCAGAUUUGCUUUUUCAGCUGUUUUACAAAAUUAUUUAGAUAGAUGUGGCAUGUUGGUUUUUUAUGUGUUAAUCUAACUGUAGUAACAUUUUCUACAUGUUUUAUCCAUUCCAUAAAUAAUAACUACACUGGGAAUA